AUGGUUGACGCCAUCGAGCUGACUAUUGACGCCGACAUGGUGCAGAACAUGCGAAGCGCAAACGAGACGGCCCAGAGGUUCUCCAGUACCGACUUUGUGGAUCUCACUUGCAAGGUGGACUACUCCAUCCUAGACGGGCCAGGGGCGCAUCUCACCAACGGAAUCUUCCUCGGCGACACGGUCGCGCGAGAAACGUUCGUCACGCAGUUCGUCCAAGACAUAUCUCGAGCGGCAAACAUUAGCUCAUCUAGGGUGCUGGUGAUGGAGAUCGCGCCAGGUCGGGUGCACCAUGACUGGGAGGCCAACAAUGUUAUUGUUCUCUUUCGUCUGGUCGACAACGUCAUUGCGGGGACUUUCGGCGAAGACGGUGCGGUCACAGCCAUGACGGAGCUUACGGCGCAGGCCCAAGAGAGUGGGUCCACACUGUACAGCGGCUUGGUGACCGAUAGGAUUGACCCGUCGUGGGGUGUGGUGGCCGUCAGCCUGGAUGUUUCCCUCCGCCUGACCAUGGCCAUCGAGGUCAUCGGCGGGAGCGGAGUGCAGGAAGGGGAGCGACUACUGCCAGUGGGAAGCCUGGUUCAUCGCCGACGUCUCCGGCUGCCUCGCUCUCCAGAACCCCGACCGCGAGAACCUUCCAACUACGCCACCGAAAUUGCGGUAGACGAGGCCGCUGCGGAGCUGCUGGCUCAGGUUCGGAACGUUUCGUCGGCGCUGUUCGCGGGGAACGUUACCGUAGCCGUAGACCCGACGUGGGGGCUCUCGGGGGACGGGGGAGUGCCGCGCGAGAGUAGCCCUUACCUUCCGCACCAGGUGUACGACGAUCACCGCGACGACGACUACGAGCGCUGCAAGGAUGUUCACCGCUGCAACCGCGCCUGGAUCCACUACGACAGCAACUCGCGGUCCGUCAACUACACGGCUCAGGCGUUUCGAGGGGGGCUCCACGUGACGACUGGUCUUUCCGCCAAUUUCGAAGACUGGAGGAUGGGGACGUUCGGCUGGGCGAUGCGCGGCGCUCCCGAUCCUCGAAACGGGGACUUCGACGACGGCUACGGCAGCGGCAACGGUGAAAACGAAGCCAGGAUCACGGCACCAAGGGGGGGGCAUUUCGACCCAAGGAACUUUUCCAGCCUGGGCCCUCGAGUGCCAGUGGAGUCGCGAGGACUGCGAGACUUCUCGGGGCUGGUCUUGGACGCUCAGCAGAAGGACCGCGAGCUGGCAAGGCUAGACAUCGAAGCCGCGCAGUUCACCCACAAGCUUGCCUGGAUCACGGAGACCCGAGAAACGGCGAAGUUGGACGCGUCACGACGGUCUCGCCAGGACUCGGCCGCAGCUGCCGACCAAGAAGCUGAUAUUGUCCAAAUGGAACUAGCCAGCGUCCUGGAUACGAGACACACCCUGAACAGCACGCAAUGUCUCGGCUGGCAGACAUGCCUUUCAGAAGAGACGUACGGCAACCAUACCUACGAAUGGUGGGCGGACGUCAACGGCUCCAUUGCUUCGAGUCUACGCGGGGAGAAUGCCUCCUGUCCGUGCACGAUCGUGUUCAACACGUCGAGCCUGAGCCUUGAGGGCGCCAUUUCGGCCGCGGGGGAGCUGGCGCUCACGGCGGAGGGGACGGAGGUCGCUGUGUGGUCGUUCGAUCAGGUCUACCUAGGACCCGAGAUCAGGGUCCAAGUCACCGGCCAGCGGGCCUUGGCGAUCCUUAGCCGCGGCAGCCUUGUCCUGAAUACCUCAAUCACGGCCGAGCCUUCCACCUUGGGAGGCUUUCCGGGAGGGGGCGGGAUCGCUCGCGACCCCGGAGGGGGGGGCGACCUCCUGCUCUCCCCCCCCUCCGUCCCCCCGGAGUUCGACUUGAGCUCCUUGGUAAAUGGGACGUUGGAGAGAGUCGGUGAAAGCGGACUUCCGAGCUACAACGUUAACGGGCCGGGGUCCGCCAGCUACCGGUACUACUUGUUCACCAUCACCACCUCGGCGGACGACGUGGACGACGUGCAAAGGAUUUGUACCUCAGCUGACGAAGGGCAAACCGUUCGCGGCUGCUUCCACGUCUCCCACGGUAACUUCUCCACCGAGUGCAUCCCCCAUGACGCAACGCCUUCGACCGUGCAAGACAUCAUCGAGGCCGGCCUGAACGCGGAGCCGGUGGGCGGCCCGGGGCCGCUCCCAUUCCCCCGCUCCACUGCGGGUGAUAUCGGCGCGGCAGCCGACGGGGAACCUUCGUGGGUCUCCGGGGUCGGGCGAGUGAACGUGUCAAGUGACGGUUACGUCGACGACGAGGGCGGCCGUUGCUGGACUGUAACCUUUUCCUCCGCCAUCGGCGCGGUUGAUCUGAUGACGAUUUCGGCUACGGGUGACGGCGAGGCCGAAGGGAACAGGCUGACCGGCCUCGGCGCCACGGUCUCCGUGGAGACCGUUCAGGUCGGCAACGCCAUCUCCGGAACGUUCUCGGUAAGGUUCCGAGGCGGCGAAACGGGAGAACCCACCCACGAAACGGCCCAGCUGCCGGUGACGGCUUCCGCCGCCGCGGUCUCGGAGGCCCUCUUGGAACUCCCAGGCGUUUCCUUCGCCCGGACGACCCGCACCCUCCCCGCCGAGGCCGUCGCCGCCGGCUGCAGCGACGGGUUGUGCCGCGUCGGGCCGGCCCCCGGGGGAGGGCUAGAGUGGAUCGUGGAGCUAGGGACGCGAGUGGGGAGCGCUGAACCGUCAUCUCCUACCGUAGUUGUCGGGGCUUGGGAGGACGCAGGAGAGGGGGUGCAAGAGGGGGAGUUCGACUGGCCGGAGGUAGAGGGGGGUUAUCUGGAGGGGGACGGGGCCGAGGUACGGGUGACGAAGGGGUGGGGCGGGGCGCAGAAGCAGCUGGCGGCCAGCUUCAACGCCUCACAGCCGUUUUCAUUCGCUUUAGGAGGGGCUGGGGCUUCCCAUGGUGGGACAGGAGGGCUCGGGGCUGAUCAGUCUCCGGCGUCCGGCGCGCCCCGAGAACCGUACUCGACGUCCUCGGUCCCCGACCUCGUCGGCGGCAGCGGUGGGGCUCGUUCAGGCCUAUCCCCGGCCGCGGUUAACGCCCUCGGGUUUUCCGAGGGCUCGAACUCGUCUUCUCGGUUGCUGCGAGGCCUGGGCGGAGCCGGCGGCGGUGCCAUCGAGCUGCUGGCCCUGAACGACCUGACGAUCGGGGUCAUGGGCUCUGUCGCCGUGGACGGCGGUGACGGCACCGCCGACUGGGACAGCGGCGGCGGAGGCGGGAGCGGCGGUUCGGUCGUCAUUGCCGCCGGAGGGGCCGUCCGACACGCCGGGGCGAUCAGCGUCCGUGGCGGGAACGGCGGCCGCACGUUUCGGCCCCUCUCCAAGAAUGCCGGUGGUGGGGGCGCCGGGGGGCGCGUGGUAUUGUACGGGCAGAGCGUGGAGGUUGUUCGUGGGGAGGGUGCCGACGGCGAGGAGAGAGGGACCGUAGAUGUCGGGGGUGGCAGCUGUUUUGUGACGACUAAAUCCGGGGACCUUCGAGACGACGCUUGCGGGGACGGCCGAGCAGGGGGAGAGGGCUCCUUCAAAGUCGACGCGGCCUUCGGCUACACGUUUGGCAUCGACGACGGUUCCGGGCUCGGUGGAGCGGGGGCACAGGCGUUUCGGGCCUAUGACGGGCCUGAGUAUGGCCUUAUUCGAGGUAACGGCAGCCACGGCGGCGAGGAGACGACGGCGCUCACGCCUGAACGAGUCACUUUCUACAUGAAGGUUGCUGCAGCUCAAGAAAACUCUCCUGAGAGUUCUUCGGGGGAUCUUCACAGCAACAAUUCCGACUCCAACCACGCCUCCGCCGCCGAAUGGGGCGCGGUAUUCGCCCUUCUCGGACCGGGGACAAACGAUUCCUCCUCGACUUCGGCUUCUUCUUCCUCUUCCUACAAUGCUUCCGACUGGGCGGAAGCACCUGUUCUCUACAACUCCUCUGGGCUCUCUUCGGCAUCUUCGUCUUCAAGUGCCUCGCCCACGGCCGGAUCAUUUCCCGCGCCAAACACUACCCUUGUGGGCGUCUCCAUUUCCGGGGGCGUGAUGAGGCACGGGGCUGGAUAUCGCUCUGCCCCCUGGGAUCCUGGAGAAGAAGAGUCUUCCACGGGGGGUGGGGGGGGAGUGCUCGACGACAGAGUGGAGGGCGACCGCUGGUAUAAGGUAGAUAUUGUGAUGCGAUGGGACGCCAACGGCACCGCCGGAGAGUACGACGUGCUAGUGGACGGGGUGGCCAGAGCCGAAGACCAGCCUUUCGGAACAGCGCUGUCAACCAUUCGCGGAGUGGAGAGGGUCGGUCUGUACGUGCUCGGCGAAGGGAGGGUUUGGUUCGACGAGAUUUACCUGGGCCCCGACUUUACCAUGGGGUUCAGGUGUCCCGAAUCCUCGCGGAGAGGGGUGGAAACCAGGAACGCCGGGAGCCUCAAGAGGUGGGAAAACCUCGUAGACCCGGGGCAGAGCGAGAACAAGGUCAUGCAACGGCACGAGAACUUUCUGUCCAACACAGAAAAGUACCUUAUCAACCACGGGGGACUGGUGCCGUUCGACGGAGAUGGGAUGCGAGAGUACCUUGUUGACGACUACGUCCGGGACAGCACUGACCCCCCGCUCGUGGAUGGCUUACGGGCAGGAUCGCUCCUGGAGAUGCCGCGUGGCGAGGACUUUGUCGGGAAGAGACCCUUGCGCGAGGGAUCUGCGAGGAGCUUGGGCGGCGACGGUCUCUGGACUUCUGAUGCAUCAUCCGCCGGCCGUGGGAGUGGCCCACACCAACCCGGUGGUACACACUACUGGUACGGCGAGCACGAGAUAGAGAAGACAUCCUCCGGCGCUAACGUUGAGGGCUACUGGAGGAGCAGCGAGGAGUUUGACGGCUGGACGGGAGGAGUGGGCGCGUGCUCUACCGACGACUUCGUCGACUGGAGGUUUGAGGGCGUGAUGCUGCACUACGCCAACGUGUCGGACAUGGUGCUGGGUCGGGAGCCCAAAGGGGGGAUGGUCGUCCAGCAGCCCAAAACCCUGCGCCUAGAAACCACAGUGGCCAGCAACAGCACGACCGGAAAUAGUAGCAGCAACAGCAACUCGACGGGCCUGUCCGAGAGCGAGGAUACGUUCGUGAUGUGGAUGGGUGCAGGGGAGUCGAAUGGAACCUUCGGCCUGUCCGCCGUGGCCACCAGUGGCUACCCUGACGGGCCGUUCAACCUGCGCCGGACGCUGUACCCGGACGGAAAUGAGACGCACGACCAGACCGUUUUCAUCGGCGCGGACGGCCGGGGCUACCUGGCGCGCACCUACUACGCAGAGAUCGAGUACGUGUUGCCCGGCGCCGUCAUGCAGCCUGUAUGGAGCUCCGUGGAGCACCCGGACGGGUCGGUCGAUUUUGGGCUGAGCUACCAUCGGGCAUUCUACUCGCCGGACUACGACGACUACCAUGAUAUUUACAUUCAGAGGUGGCGCAUGGAGGAUUUGCCAUGGAAGGUGACGUGCGUGAACCGCAUCACGGGAGAAAGUCGGGACGUUCCAUACGGAAGCUUCAACGAAGACCGGGGUUACUGCAAUCAACCCGAGGAGUAUAAGGUCAUUCUCGGGCAAGGUUACCCCGUGGUAAGCUCCCGCUUCCAGGACCCGGACGACCGCAACAACUCCUACUGGUCGCCGGAUUCGGUCCCCUCAGUCAAGGCGCAGUCUUGGGCGGCCAAUUAUCGGGAUGGUCUCUGCGGGAUCCGGGAGAUGGGAGAGGACAUGGACGAGGAUGACCCCGGGCUGGACGAUCGAACGGCGGCCAACCGCAGCGAUUGCUCAAACAUCGCCGAUAACCCAAUCCACGAUACUGUACCCGACAAGCUGGUGGGAACGAGAUUAGUGGUAGAAACACGACUGGCCAAGUACGUGGCCGUCUCUAUGCUGACCCGCGACCUCUUGGACACCAGUGCGGUCUUGACCUCCUUUGAGGGCGAAUUGGAAAGCCAGGACGACCUGAUGGCCCUCAUUUCCGGGAGUGGGUACGACUUCUUCGACUGGUCCGCCGGCGCCGACAUCAGGUCAACGUUCCACCCGCAGGUGUUCGGCGACUACGAGACACCACCGGAUGUGCUCAGGCGGUUCCACCAGUACGAGUCUUCAGAAAACGAUCGCGCGCGCUAUUCGCUGGCGUGCCAGCUGGAUGGCACGUGCCCGGUCAACUUCAGGGACGAGAUCACCGUUGGACACACCUGA